AUGUCACACAAACAAUUGGCUUGGCUGUCAGAGAAGAUGGAUGGGUUUCAAUUGAGCCAGAUGCAGAGCAAUGUUUCUAUAUACUUGUCAGAGGCAAAUGCUCAAUGGUUUGCAAAGUGGCCCAUGGCUGUGGUGCACUUCAAGGAUGAAACAGGCAUCAGACUUAUGGAAGAACAGCACUCAAAAGAGCAACAUGUUAGCUUAGGACACCAUCUUAACAACUACAUUCUUACUUCUACUGCAAUGCCUCAGCCAUGGGAAUCACAUAUGAAAGCAGCCAAGGCAAUGACUGCUUGUGGACAAGAAUACAUGAAGAAAAUGGAGUUGGAGGCAAAAAUGGAGUGUGAGCACCAUGCUGAGAAGGUGAAGGCUGAGCUUGAGGCUCUGUGCAAUCCUAAUGAGUCAGUGCAUGUGCACUUUCACCAUGGGAAGGGGUCUACUGGCCUCAGUUUUUGCAAAGCACUUCCAGAUCAUCACACACAUAUGGUCGAACCAUUUACCACAUUCCUAAAGGGCACCUUUGCUAUCAAAGUCCUUCCCCCACAACCCAACACCACAAACUCUGUGCUGCCUGAUGUUACUCUGCCAGCAGACACUUAA